AUGGCAACGGUCAUCACCGAGAAGCUGAGCCGGCUCCUCUUCAACGUGCGGCAGGGCCCUCAGCUGCUCGCCCCCCUCUCACCCUCCAACGCCACGCAGCUCUUCCAGCAGCACAACGAGGCCAUCAACGUCUGGACCCACCUGGUGGCAGCGCUGAUCCUGCUGCUGCGCUUCCAGCAGCUCUCGCAGCGGGUGGAUUUCGGGCAGGACCUGCACGCCCAGCCCCUCCUCAUCAUCAUCGCGGCAUCCAUCACCUACCUGACCUUCAGCACCCUGGCUCACCUCCUGCAGGCCAAAUCCGAGUUCUGGCACUACAGCUUCUUCUUCAUGGACUACGUGGGGGUCGCCAUUUACCAGUACGGCAGUGCCCUGUGCCACUACUACUACGCCAUCGAGCCGAGCUGGCACGAGAAGAUCAAGGGGUUUUACGUGCCGGCGGCCGUCCUCUUGGCCUGGCUGUCCUGCGCCGGUUCCUGCUACGCCAAAUACCAGUACCACCAGUCCGCUGGCCUCCUGAGCCGGCUGUGCCAGGAGCUGCCCUCAGGCCUGGCGUACAUGCUGGACAUCAGCCCCGUGGUCCAUCGCAUCUACACCGCGCCGCCCUCGCAGCAGAGCGACCCGGCCCUUCUGUAUCACAAAUGCCAGGUGCUGUUUUUCCUCAUCGGCGCCUUUUUCUUCUCACACCCUUACCCCGAGAAGUGGUUCCCUGGCAAAUGUCACUUUUUCGGGCAGAGCCACCAGAUUUUUCACGUGUGCCUGGUGCUGUGCACGCUGGCGCAGAUCGAGGCGGUGGUGUUGGACUACGAGUCCAGGCGCCACAUCUAUUCCGCUCUGCAGGGUGAUUUGGCGCACAACUUCUCUGCCCUGUGCCUCUUCACCGUGACCUGCUCUGUCCUCACAGCCGCUUACAUGGCCAGGAAGGUGAAAACCAAGCUGAGCUUCAAAGACGAGUGA